UUACCCAGUCAAUCAUAUCUUCCCAAGAAGAAUGCGCCAGCCUCAAAUUGCCGGCUUGCACACUGCAGUUCCAUAGUUGGUAUCGUAUGUUUUUAUUAUAUUUGUGAAUACAUUAUAUACUAAAUUAUGAUAAGUUUGAACAAAAAAAUGUAUAAUUCCACUACUCCAUGUUGUAUCUAUUUAAGUUCCCGGAGUGACCAGAAAAAUCCAACGGGGAAGAGAAAGUUUCCGCCAUGGGAUCUUCAUGUACUGUGAACAUCCUUGAGAUUGCUCAAAUCAAACCAUCCCUUGAAUCAUCGAACUUUACCAUUGAAUUCUCUUUGCCGCUCACUUUCUUCGACAGUUUCUGGUUCACAUACCCACCAGUUGAGGGACUCCUUUUUUACAACCUUAACGACUUAACCCCUGCAGAUUUCGGCUCAGAAAUCCUCCCCAAACUCAAGCAAUCUCUUUCUCUAACGCUGCGUCAUUACCUCCCCCUCGCUGGCAGCCUCAAGUGGCCAUCAGAUGCCCCCAGACCUUUCAUUUUGUACGCUCCGGAUGAUGGAGUUUCAGUCAUAGUUGCCGAGUCUGAUGCAGACUUUCACCGUCUCUCCAGCAAUGGAGUCUAUGAAGCUGUUGAGUUACAUCUUUUAAUACCCCACCUGAGAUCCUCAGAUGAUUCCGCAUCAAUUCUAGCUAUUCAAAUAACCUUUUUUCCUAGUCAAGGUUUUUCCAUUGGAAUCACAGCUCAUCAUACAGUUCUUGAAGGAAAAACUACAUCCAUGUUUAUGAAAUCCUGGGCUUACCUAUGCAGGCUAGGGAAUAAAGAAAACCCUGGGUUGCCACUAGAACUAAUCCCAUCUUUUGAUAGGGAAAUUAUCAAGGAUCCUACAGGGCUUGACCUUGAUAUUCUAUACUUGAACCAACGGUUAAUAUGUUCUAGUGGUAAUAAAAGCUUGAAGGUUCCAACAAACAAAAGAGCAACUCCUAAUCUAGUUCGAGCCACAGUUACGCUUAGUCAGGAAGAUUUCAAGAAAAUGAGGGAAAAGGUAUUGUCUAAAUCACCUGAUAGCUCAAAAACUCCGCAUUUAUCAGAUUUUGCGCUUACUCUGGGUUAUGUAGCUAGUUCCAUUGUUAAAGCAAGAGGUGGAGCAGGUGAUAGAAGCGUGUGUCUUGGAUUCACAGCUGAUUGCAGGCACCGUUUAGACCCACCUGUCCCAGAAACCUAUUUUGGAAACUGUAAUGUUAUUCUAGCAGAUAUAUCAAAGGCCAGAGGUUACAUGGACUUCGAAAACGGGUUUGCAUUUGGUGCAGUAAAAGUAAGCAAUAUGGUGAAGGGAUUAAAAGAGAAAGGGGUUUUCGAAGGAGCAAAAGAUAGGCUGACACCCCUUUUCAAAAUAGCUAAAGAGCCACCAGGAUCUGUGCAAAAACUUAUAGUUGCGGGAUCGCCACGAUUUGAUCUUUACAAAACCGAUUUUGGAUGGGGAAGGCCGUGGAAAGUGGUGCUUGUUUCCAUUGAUAAGAAUGAAGCUAUUUCCAUGGCUGAAAGUAGAGAUGGGAAUAGGGGAAUAGAAGUUGGCUUGGCCUUGAAGAAGCCUGAAAUGGAGCGGUUUCUCUCCAUGUUUCUCAAAGAUGUUUAACAAGAUAGUUAAGAGGUUUUUCUCUAUGUUUCUCAAGAUGUUUGUCAAAUCCGUCCGGUCUAUACUGGACCAUUAUAUAUGGAAAAUUUUAAAUUAUGAUAUUUUCUAUGGUU